AUGGCGACGGAAAGCUCUUCGUCCGUCGCAUCAGCGGAGGUGUCGGGAGGGGAUCACGGAGGUCUCAAGGUCGGGUACCACACGGCGCAAGGCCUGCGCGACAGCAUGGAGGACCAUCUGGUCGUGAUCCGAGACAUUCCCGGCGGGUUUCUCUACGCCGGCAUCUUUGACGGCCAUGCGGGAAGCGCUUCCGCUCGAUUCCUAAAGGACGAGUUGUACAUCGACUGCAUGGACGCGUUAGAAGGAGGCGCGUUACUGUCGGACGAGGAUCUCGAUGCUGUGGAGGAAGCGCUUCAAGACGCCUUCAUUCAGGCGGACCAGAGGCUGCUGCAGUGGCUGGCGGAGCACAGUGAGGAGCCGGAGUCAGGGUCCACAGGCACGGUGGCGUUUGUGCGCAAGGAUCGCCUUUUCAUCGCUCACCUCGGGGACUCCCGCGCUGUGCUGGGGGUGGGUGGAGACACGGAGGACCUGUCUCAGGACCACAAGCCCCAUGGGGAGUCACCGAUUGCCAAGGCAGAGAUCAAGCGGAUUGAGAAGGCGGGCGGAUGGGUGAGUCAAGGCCGCGUGUGUGGAGUGGUGGCAGUGUCUCGUGCCUUUGGCAACGCCAACUUCAAGACACGACGCGAACAGAUGCUGUCAGAAGGUGUGAAGAAGGGCCGCUGGACCACCCGCUUCGUUUCCAAGCGCUCGUUUCAGAGCGAUUGGAUCUCUGCCGUGCCGGACGUGUAUGCUGCUGAGGUGGAGGAGGAUGCCGAGUUUGUCAUCAUUGCGUCCGACGGGCUCUGGGAGGGCGUGAAGAGCUCGGAAGCCGUGGCGUUUGUUCGAAGGGAGUUGGAAAGCCAUGGUGACAUUCAACAAGCAACAGACAACCUAGCCAGUUUUGCGCUUCAGACACGACAGAGCGCGCCGAAACAGGCUAGAGGCCGCAGCGUGAGUGGCGGAGGAGUGGACGGCGACACGUGGAGAGGGGGCUGGGAGAGGGGCGACGCGUGGAGAAUGGCCGGCAAGGCGAGUUCCGCGAAGCUGCGUGAGGCGUUCAAGUACUGCGUGGACCAAGUCAGUGCGGUUUUCCUGUGGACUCAAAAAGUCACCCCAGCACAGCACAGUCCCACCCAAUUCGCGCUCAGAGCAUUCAAUGUAGAGACCUCAUUGGUACGCUUCUCCUUUGCCCCUUGUCCCCAUUGCUCCGGUCGCCUCAUCGCCCCUUUGCCCCGUUGCCCCAUUGCUCCGUUUUCUCUUGACGCCCCGCAACGUCCUUCCUCCUCGCAACGCUGCAGAUCCAUCCCGGACAGGGCUCGGGAGCACCGCCUUGCCAUCAUUCGCCUCGCCUGGUGGAGAGACGCCCUCACCCGCCUCUUUCAGGGCCAGCCCCCGGAGGACCACCCAGUGCUGGUGGCGCUGGGGGCAGUGCGGGAGGCGCGUCCCUCCCAAUUAACGCAUUCCUUCCCUUCUCAACCCCAGGCCCCAAUUAACGCAGUUCCUUCCCUUCUCAACCCCAGGCCCCAAUUAACGCAUUUCUUCCCUUCUCAACCCCAGGCCCCAAUUAACGCAGUUCCUUCCCUUCUCAACCCCAGGCCCCAAUUAACGCAUUCCUUCCCUUCUCAACCCCAGGCCCCAAUUAACGCAGUUCCUUCCCUUCUCAACCCCAGGCCCCAAUUCUCACUUGCACCCCACAUGCCCACGUUCACACACACACGCCCAGCCCCCGGAGGAACAGCCAGUGCUGGUGGCGCUGGGAGCAGUGCGGGAGGCGACGGGAAUCACCAAGCCGUGGCUGCUUCUUGA